GGAGGUUACUGCUCUGGUGGUGCGACCCGCUCCCGCAGCUCUAGCGCCUCUCCUGCAGCGGCAGGGGUCCCUGCAGGACAUGGAGCCUACCCAGGCGGGACAGGUUGUGGUGAUUGGCAGCGGACUGAUUGGUCGCAGCUGGGCUAUGGUGUUUGCUGGUGGAGGCUUCAAAGUGAAACUUUACGAUAUGGUGCAACAACAGAUAACAAGCGCUCUGGAAUACAUUAGCAAAGAAAUGAAGGAGCUGGAAAAGUCAGGAAUGCUGAAAGGAACUCUGAAUGCAGAGAAGCAAUUCUCUCUCAUUAGUGGCUGUACGGACUUAAAGACAGCAGUAGAUGGUGCUAUGUUCAUUCAGGAAUGCACGCCAGAGAAACUAGAAUUAAAAAAGAAGAUUUUUGGUCAGUUAGAUCUUAUUGUCAGUAAUGAUGUUAUCCUAAGCAGCUCAACUUCCACGCUUUUGCCUACUAAGUUGUUCACUGGCCUUAAACAUGUGAAGCAGUGUAUUGUGGCACAUCCUGUAAAUCCGCCCUAUUACGUGCCACUGGUUGAACUGGUUCCCCAUCCAGAAACAGAGCCUUCUACAGUGGAUAAAACCCAUGCUCUGAUGAAGAAGAUUGGACAGUCACCCGUCAAAUUAACCAAAGAGAUAGAUGGGUUUGUUCUGAACCGUCUCCAGUAUGCAGUUAUUAGUGAGGCAUGGAGGCUCGUGGGUGAAGGAGUAAUAUCUCCUGCUGAUCUAGACCUUGUGAUGUCUGAUGGAUUGGGAAUGCGGUAUGCAUUUAUAGGGCCGCUUGAAACGAUGCAUCUCAAUGCAGAAGGAAUGACAAAUUAUUGUGAGAGAUACCGUGAAGGAAUGAUACAUGUUCUGAAAACCUUUGGGCCAGUACCGGAUUUUUCAGGUGAAAUUGAGCAGCAAAUCAGCCAGGCCAUGAGUGAAAAAACUCCAGCUGAUCCAGAACAUCUAAAUGCCAGGAGAGCAUGGAGAGAUGAAUGUCUUAUGGGUCUUGCCAAGUUGAAAAAACAAAUGAAAUCCAACUGA